AUGAGAGUUGUUUUUUUUAGUUCUAUAUCUGAAUCAACGAAUAAAAAUGAUGUUACAACAUAUUCUGAUAAAUUUGAAAGACCAAUUCGACCAAUUCCAUCAAAAAAACAUGUUCGACGUCUUUCAACAAUAACACCUGAUAUAAUCGAAAGAAAAAAAUAUAAAAGUGCCCAAGAACUUGGUUUUAAACAACAAGAACGACAUUUUCAUCGAUGUCUUGCAUUAGAUUUUCUCAAUCGUGAAGCUAUCGUUGAUAAAACACUAUCUGAUAUAAUAUCAUCUGAUAAAGAUGAAAAUGAACAUAAUCAUUUUAUUGAUGAUUGA